CUACAAAUAAGUCUAAAUUAGCUUAGCUAUAAGCAAAUUAAGACAGCAAGCACUACAACUCGAAUUCGUCAGAUAUUGGCAUCUCGACUAGAUGAAUGGUCUAGCAUGCCGGCAGACAACCUCGGUGCUCGCCGGCCGCUCCCAAGGCUAUGUCGGCCGGUGCUGUUUGCCGCUCUCGCGAUGGUGUAGCCUCACGUCGCCGUCGCCUCGUGGCGUAGGCUUGAACGCAAUGACUAUAUUGAGGUUGCAGCAGGUGCGUGGGAAGAAGACAAGGUCAUCUAUGAGGCUGGAAGAUCUGCCGCAGGGUCCUAUUAAGAUGGAUGUUCCUCCGCCGCCACCUACCCCCGCUGAGGAUGAGGGGCCCGCGUAUCCCACCGUGGUCCUGCAAGCACGUCAUAAUAUGCAGAAGUUCGAGAACUGUGUCCUUCUUACGCGUGUUGGCGGGUUUUACGAGCUUUACUUCGAUCAGGCUGAGGAGUAUGGCCCUAUGCUAAAUCUUAAGGUCGCGCAAAAGAAGACCAAUGCCGGUCCUGUGCCUAUGGCUGGUUUCCCAUUCUUCCAGUUAGACCGGUUUCUCAAGACUUUGGUUCUGGACCUGAACUCCUAUGUAGCGAUAGCAGAGGAAUUCCCCAACGACCCGGGGGACAAGAUCAAGGCGAAUGGAUUGAUGCACGAUAGGAGAGUGACGAGAGUUAUCACGCCGGGUACUCUCAUAGAUGAGAAUUUCAUCGACCCAUACGCUAAUAAUUAUGUGAUGGCGGUUCAUAUCAAUCAUCAGGGAAACGACACUUCCAACUCAGCUGAAUCUGAUACUCCUGGUAAGGGUAUUGUAGAAGCAGAAGGCCUGGCAGCAUUACAGGCAAAUGAUACACCAAUAGGCUUAGCGUGGAUAGACGUGUCUACUGGCCAGUUCUACACGCAGUCGACAACAGUGACAUCGCUUGGAUCUAUCCUCUCGCGUGUUGGUCCGAGAGAAGUAGUAAUGGACGAAGUCUUUGAGUCACAAAGCGACCACCAGCUAUUCUCCGUCCUCGCCGAAGACAAGUACCUGAUUACAUUCGCACCACAUAGCGAACAACUACCUUUAUCGGAAUGGACCCCAAUGCUAGAAUCCGACAUCCCCACACAGACAGCACAAGACUUCACCCCAGACGAAGUGCAAGCCGGGAGUCUACUCUUACAAUACGUCCGGGACCGCCUACAAGGCCUAAGCAUGAAGCUACAACCGCCGUUGCGCUAUGAGAACAUGUCGGUUAUGGCUAUCGACAAGAGCACCAUGCGCUCACUCGAGAUCAAGCAGACCAUUAGAGAUGGCACUUUCAGGGGAAGCUUACUACAUGCCAUCCGAAGGACAGUGACUAAGGGAGGCGCUCGGCUAUUAAAUACAUGGCUCAGCGCGCCGUCGACAUCACUAGAGACCAUCAAAGCCCGACAGGAUCUCGUGGAAUACUUUAUCCAGCACCCUGACCUCCGUGACGAAAUCGUGCUGCUAUUAAGGAGAAGCCACGAUUCGCAGCGCUUGGUGCAGAAAUUUGCGCUGGGCCGUGGUGAUCCGGACGAUCUCAUCUCUCUAGCUAACACCAUCCAAGCCACUCAACAUAUCGUCUCUUUCUUAAAGGCUGCUAAAGGGCAGGAUGCUUUUACAAUCGAUUCGAAUGACGCCCCUGAAGAAGAGCAGCAAAACUCAACCAGUGGAGCAUCAUGCUUCACACCCCUCCUCUCACGCAUUAAACUCAAAGAACCCGUUACUCUAGCCACUCGUAUCAAGAAUUCCAUCGACGAAGAGGGGCUAGUCCAACAGCACCGCGACGAAGACAGCGAAGCAAGCCAUCUCAUCUCUCUCGCCGAGGACGUCGUAGCCUCAGAAGGUGCUCGAGGAGCUGAGUCCGCCAUCCCAAAAACGACCAAGAAAAAGAAGCAAGCAGCUUCGCUCCGGGACCACUACUCCGACGACAACACAGCCUUCGUCAUGAAGCCAGACGCCAGCCGGGGUCUGCGCUCCCUACACGCCAAGCUAUCCACGCUCCUUGAGGAAAAACACGUCCUCGAGGAGACCCUACGCGAGCGUUUCGGCGCAGCAAGCCUAACGCUGAAAUGGACGCCGAACCUAGGACACGUAUGCCACGUCAAAGGAACCAAGGACCUACGGAAACUAGACGCCGACGACGAGAGCAAGACAAUAGCAGUAGUGAGCUCGAGCCGCAGCACACGCGCCUUCCACGCACCAGAAUGGACAGCACUAGGCCGACGCAUCCACCAGACACGCUUCGAGGUCGGCGUCGAGGAGCAACGACUAUUCGCGGACCUACGGGCGCUGGUCGUCGCCAACCUCGUCAAGCUGCGCCGUAACGCCGCCGUUCUCGACGAGCUCGACGUCGCCGCCUCGUUUGCCAAGCUAGCCGCCGAGCAUGGGUGGACAAGACCCGUACUCCACGACACAUCGAUAACUUCCGCGUCCAACAUAACUUCGACAUCGACAUCUACAUCUCCCAUCGCCACGGGCACUGCCCAACACAUAGUCCUCGGCGGCCGACACCCCACCGUCGAAGCCGGACUCCGGGAGCAAGGCCGUUCAUUCACCAAGAAUGACUGUCUCCUCGACGCCAACCCCCUCCCCUCAUCCCCAUCCCCUCCUUCCUCACCUCCAACCUCACCCCCAUCUUCCCACGGCCGCCUCCACCUAAUAACCGGCCCCAACAUGGCCGGCAAAUCAACCUACCUGCGGCAAAACGCGCUCCUAGUAAUCCUCUCGCAGAUCGGAUCCUGGGUUCCCGCAACCUACGCCAGCCUGCCCGUAACCGACGCCGUGUUCUCGCGCGUCGGGUCCGCGGACAAUCUAUUCGCGGACCAGAGCACCUUCAUGGUAGAGAUGCUAGAAACGGCAGCGAUCCUACGCGCCGCGACCGCGCGGUCCUUCGUCAUCAUGGAUGAGAUCGGGCGAGGCACAACGCCUGAGGACGGGGGCGCAGUGGCUUUCGCCGCUUUGCACCACAUCGUUGUCGUGAACAGGUGCCGCGCGCUGUUCGCGACGCACUACCACGGCCUAGCAGAUUUGGUAGAGGAGCGGGAUAUGCAGGCGAGCCGGGGCGGCGCCGUCGAGACGUAUUGCACGGAUGUACAGGAGGAUAGCGCUGGUGGGUUCGUCUACAUACACCGGCUGCGGAAGGGCGUCAACCGACAGAGCCAUGCGCUCAAGGUCGCGCGUCUAGCUGGGUUGCCUGAGGCCGCUAUCAAGGUCGCGAGGGAAGUCCUCGAGAAGAGAGGGAGAAAAGACAAUCACACGGGCCAGGAGGAGGAUAUGGAAUUACUACGCAACGUCCCUGCGGAACAGCAGCUGGCCAACGCAUGAUGAAUCGAGUCUGGGUAUUGGCCAGAGUCGGGAUUACGGGUUACGAGUUACGGGUUAUGGUUUGAUAUGUCUGUAAUUCUAGAGGCGGGUUAGCGCUCAACUCCUUAUAAGAAAGGCGUGCAAAAAAAAAAGGUUGCUUAUAAGAUAACGUGUCUCAUAGGGUGGUGAUGAAAUUUGUCAUCAAUGAAAGAUCAGGGUUAAAAAGCUCUUGAAUUUCAUAGUAUAAUCAUCGAACACUGGGGAGGAAAGACCGGAAAAAAGAAUUAAG